AUGUUCAUACUGUUGGUGCAAUCCAAAAUGCAGCAACUUCCGUUCGCAUCGAUUGGGUUGGUUUUUAUUUUGCUGGCAGCGUUCCAGAGCAUUACGGAAGCUCAGAAGCAGGAAAACAAGAAUGUCUUCAACACUAGUUCGUGUCUGGAAAAGCCUUACCGUUGUCCACAUCCACGGAUCAAAUUCUAUCUGUAUACGCGCCGAACCCAGCAAAACCCCGAACUGAUCGAUGUGCUCGAUCCGGAAUCGCUGUACUACACGCACUGGAAUCCAUCCCAUCCGGUGAAGAUCGUCAUUCAUGGGUUCGGUGGCGGACGUAACCUGUCGCCCAGUCCCGACAUGCGAAAGGCCUACUUCACCCGGGGGAACUACAACAUCAUCAUCGUGGACUAUGGUUCUGCUGUGACGGAACCGUGCCUGAGUCAGAUCGAGUGGGCUCCUCGGUUCGGAAGCCUCUGUGUGUCACAGCUGGUGAAGUACAUCGCGCAUCAUCCACGCGGAGUUCCACCGGACGAUAUGCAUCUCAUUGGAUACAGUGUCGGAGCACACGUGGCAGGCCUGGUGGCGAACUAUCUCACCCCUGCCGAGGGUAAGCUCGGACGUAUUACCGGGCUCGAUCCGACGAUCUUCUUCUACGCGGGUUCGAAUAACUCGCGGGAUCUUGACCCAUCCGAUGCACACUUCGUGGACAUCAUACACACCGGGGCCGGUAUUCUUGGCCAGUGGAGUCCGGGUGGGCAUGCAGAUUUCUACGUCAACGGAGGCACUAGUCAACCGGGUUGUGCCAGUUCUACCAUCUUCCAAACACUCGCUUGUGAUCAUACGAAAGUGACGCCAUACUUUAUUGAGUCGAUCAACAGUGAACGAGGCUUUUGGGCAGGACCAUGCCCAACGCUUAUAUCCUACCUGCUCGGAUGGUGCGAGCCGAAAGACUCGGAUUACGUCCUCAUGGGAGAACAUCUCUCUAGACAGGCCCGAGGUGUGUUCUACGUUACGACGAAUGCCAAACCACCGUAUGCUCGUGGAUUUCCGGGCAAAAACCGACGCACGGCCAAAACAUCCGACUACAGUGGCGUCCGACGAAAGUAG